CGUUCUCUGCCUUCAGCCUAAAUGAAAAGCACCCAUUGUAGACCCGACUGAACAAACCCAUAGCGUCUGCUAGCGUUUAUUGCGUAUACCUCUAGUAUCUCCCUCCUAUAUUGAUAGGUAUAUAUGUUUAUGUAUAUAUAUUCCUAUCUUAUGCUGUCCUGUUUCAUUCUUAAAUGUCCAUCUUGAAGAAAGUGGAAAGAAAAUCAGAACAGUAUGACCGACGCUAGCCAAUGUAAAAUUAACCAGAGUUAUCGUUUUAAAUGGAACAAUUAUCAAAAUCAUCUAUCUGACGUUGUGCGACAGCUUUUGGAAGAGGACUGCAUGGUGGAUGUCACUCUAUCUGCAGCUGGUCAACGUAUUCACGCACAUCGCAUUGUAUUAUGCGCAUGUAGCAUUUUGUUUCAAGAAGUGCUGAGUCAAGUGACGGAAGAUUGUCCAACAAUUAUUCUAAGUGAUAUAUCUCCUCAGGAUAUAAAAUCGAUUAUUGAAUUUAUAUAUCACGGUGAGAUCCGUGUUCCUGUCGAAAAUAUUAGCAGCUUACUUGAAGCUGCACGAUCGUUAAAAAUAAGCGGUCUUAUCGAUAUAGAUGGAGUUGGAGAAAACGAAAUUGUUGGGAGCACAAAUUCCGUGGAAGAGACUAUAACAGAAGCAGAGGAAAUUGAGAAUAAUGUUGACCUUUUGGAGAAUGACUCGAAUGAAUCGAACACUCCCGACAAUUAUAUUUCAACUAAAAAGAAAAAACGUCGCCGCGAGACUGUGAAAAGAGAUUACAAUGACGACAUGUUGGCAUCUGCGAUUAAUGACUUGAAAUUGGGGCAAACUUUAAUAGAAGCUGCAACCAAGCACAAUAUACCACGUUCAACAUUGUACAUGCGGGCGAAAGCAUUAGGCAUACAUUUAAAUGCAUCCAGAAAUGGAUAUCCCGCAGAGUGCAUGAACGCAGCUAUAAAUGCCGUAAUCAAUGGUUCAAGUUUACAGCAUGCAUCAGAAAUAUUUAGAAUACCUAAAACCGUGUUAUGGAGACGUAUACAAAAGGAGGGCUAUCAGACCCUUCGUCCUGAAAUGAAGAGAUCAUAUGCUUUAGAUACAAAAGAGGCUGCUGUUAAAGCUUUAGAAAGAGGGGAAAAUUUGACAAAAGUUGCUAUGGAAUUUAAAAUACCAAAGACUACAUUAUUUAGAGAAAAGGCACGGCUAGUAGAUCAAGGUAAAUUACCGUUAUCGUUUUGGAAAAAACGAAAAACUGAAAAUGAAGAAUUAAAAAAAUCGCGACUGGAAGAAGCUGUAGCUGCUUGUAAAGGCGGCAAAAUGUCGCAGGCUGCAGCAUCUAUGACAUAUCACAUUCCAAAAACUACGAUAUGGCGAAGACUUCAACAAGAUGGAAAGAAAGCGAAAAGAUCAUCGAAUUCGAAAAAGCAGCAACGAAUGAUUGAGACGCCAGUAUUGCACGAUCAGAAAAUGCAAGAAACGUCCAAUUUUAGUUAUUGCGAGGCUGCAUCGGAAAUACCUAUAACUUAUAUCGAUGAGGACAGUAUACCUGAGAAUUCCGUGAUAAUCUUAACAACGGAAGAAAUGAAUGAACUGAAUUUAGAGGGAGGCAGACAAAUUAUUGUGAAUUCGGAAUCCGGACAGGAAUAUAUCCCAUGUACGAUAAGUAUCGAAAAUAACUCAAACUAUUCAGAGGCUGAGAGUUAGUGUUAGAAAUAUAAGUAAUAACUUAAUAUUAAUUAAAGCUAAUUAAUAGCAUAAUUAUAUAAUUAUAAUUUAGAAUACUUUAACAAAGUGCAGCAUAUUAAUUCUUUAUAGACAGGCGAUUCCAUUUGGGUCCGUAAGUUUUGUAAAUUGCUCAAUUUUCAAACCUGGCUUUCAACUUUUUAAUUCUGAAACUUGUAAAUUAAUUUAAUAACAAAUUUAUAGUCUUUUCGGGUAAAAGAGGGAGAUUUAAAAAAUGCUUCUAAAUAUCUAUAUUUAGCUUAGUAACCAUGUUUCAAGACUGACGAAAUUAUCGGCGCACAGUUUAUAUGAGUUAAGAAUAUUAAAUUAAUAGAAAAAUUAUAUUCAGCACCAAGAUCUACUGCAGACUGAAUAGACGAUCUUAAUUUUAUCUAUAUGUUUAAAACUUCGAUCAGAUAAUUAAUUUACUAUUAUUGUUUCAUUUAAUAACGUUUUAUUCAAAUUGAUAUUAUUGAUUAAAAAUUUUAAAUAGUAAAUUAAAUAUAACGAAUAAGUUAAAAAAAUCUGAUUAUUAUAAUGUUUGAUGUAUUAUUUAUUGUAUCAUCUGAUAGAAUCUGAUUAUUCUAAAACUUGGUUUUAAAACAUUUUUUAAUAUUACUAACAAAGAAACUCGCGAACUCUUAAUUUGUGAUUUUAAUGAAAAUUGGCAUAAAUGUAGAAGAGAUAAAUAUUUGAAUUUAUAAAUUUUUCGUUUAGGUUAAAAGACGGUUUGAAGGGAUGAAACUACUCUUCGAAGAUAAAAACAUUUCUGUCUUUUCUCGAUAUAUCUCGUAAGCUAAACAAAAUAUCAAAAAAUGUUUUAUACAAAAGUUUUACAACAUGAAUACCUUUAUUUAACUAUGCUAUUUAUUUUUUGAAAAAAUGUGUGACAAAAAUGUUGAAACGUGAUAAAAAUACUAGAAUAUAAAGAAUGAAUAUUGAAUGUUAAGACCUAGUGCCACAACUUAAGUUUAACUGCAGUUAAACUUUAAUUAACCAUGUCCAAUAGAUGAAUUUAUUUUAAACAAAUUCUAUCAGACAAUAUUAAUUAAACUCUGGUUAACUAAGUUGUAGAAUUGAUUCUAAAACAGUCAAUUACAUUAGCGACAUUUAAAAAUAAUGUUUGGUGUAAAACAUCUGUAUGCGUUCGCGCAUAUCUGACGAAAGACUUUAAAUUUGGUGGUCUUAUGAAUUUUCUAACACCAAGUUUUAUAAUAAUUAGAUUUUUUAAAUGCUGUCUGUUAUAUUGAAUUUUAAAUUUCAGAAUUCUGAGGCCAAAAUUGAAUUCAGCAAAUCAAAAAACUCUUGGAAGAUAAAAUUUCCAUAAGUUAUUUUGUUAAAGUUGCCAUUCUUAAAGGGUUAAUAUUAAUAAUAAUUUAUUUAUUAUUAUGAAAUGUAUAAAAUAUUUUUAUACAAAAUUGAAAAAUCAAGUUUGCACGCACACACAUACACAUAUAUAUAUAUACACACACACACACAGAUAAAUUUAAUUUUUCUAACGCAAAAGAUAACAUUUUUUGCGAAUAUAUUCCUAUUUUUGCACUGUACUAUAUUAUUACCAACGUAAUUGUAAAUAAACUAAUUGAAUUUUAGAUAUAUAUAUAUAUAUAUAUAUUUAAUAAUUUACAUUUUAAUUAUUUAUUAUUUUAUAAUUAAUAGUAUGUGAAUAAUAUGUGAUACUUCAGUGCUCGUAUAAUUAAUAAAU